AUGGCACAGGGCGAUCUCAAGCGUUCGAUCUCCUCCGCAUCAUCAUCACACGUCGAACCGAUGCAGCCCAAGCAUGUGCUCGUCCUGGCUUCGAUGGAUCACGCCUCUCAAGGCUCUUACCAAUCACUCAUUGAAUCCCUCGGCGGCCUGUCAGGCGACGUCACAUCAGACUCGCAGCCCACCGUCCGGGCAGAAAUGCUCGAUCGUGUCCUCGAAGGCGGCUCCGUCUUGCCGGACAAGCCAACGUACAGUCAGGUCUCCAUCCUCUUACCGGCCUCUUUAGACGUCUUACCAAGGCUACUGAGCAUUAUCUUGCCGACCGUGCUACCGUCAGAUGUACCGCUCUCGACGCGUCUGACGCUUUCCAAGUCGAGCCAGUCUCAGUCCAAUCGUAAGUCGUCGUCGGCUCAAGUGCAAGAAGGCUUUGUGGAGAUGUCCAAGCCACCCUCUGGCAUGUCGCCUUCGUAUGUCGCCGAACUGACAGAGAUCCUGCACACUUUGUCCGUCAAGGACGUCGAAUUGAGAGGCGACAAAGUGAUCGCCACUGUUCCCUCUGACUAUUCACCUCCCCAAUCCCAAUCUGCUCAGUCAGCCCAGCCGACACAAGAGCCUGGAAGCGCAGUGCCACUGAAGCUAAGGGCGAGAAAGGGAGCCAACGCGGAAAAGAAAGCCGCUCUAUGGUCCCUCAUCAACGAGGCGCCAUCUACCCCCACGAUCGAUCAGUCUACCCUCCUAUCUGCAGACGAUCUCAAGCGAGCAGAAGCCGCUCAACGGCCAGAGGAGGGCUGCGACGUGAAGAAGACAAGGAGAGCGUGCAAGAAUUGCUCCUGUGGUCUGAGAGAGAUCCUGCUAGCCGAAAAGGACGACCUGCCUGAUUCCAUGUCAAACGGCGCUCCUGCCGUCAAUGGCGCAGCGAGCAACGGCAUGAAGCAGGAGCAAGUCACGACUGGUGCGGUCACGAGCAGCUGUGGUUCUUGCUACCUUGGCGAUGCCUUUAGAUGUGCGAGCUGUCCUUACCUGGGCAUGCCGGCGUUUGAGCCAGGCGAGAAAGUUCAGCUCGGUGGCAACAUGGCCGAUGAUAUUUAG